AUGAGUGCAUUAAGUAAUAAUAACAAUGAAAGCACUUUUACAUUAUCUGAAAGGCUUGAGUCAAAAUCAGGACAUGAACUAGCAAACAACCUUGAACCUAAAGUAAAUGGAUCAGUUGGUUUGGUUGGAUUUAACCAUCCUCCAAAAAUUAGUUUUGCAAUAUCAAAACCACCAGAACAUGUAAAAUUAGGAGACGACGAUGCGGAAAAUCUACAAAAAAUCGCAACACAAAAGUCUAGUACUAGUAUUGAAUCGAUUGUUGCUAUAAAAACCGAACCAACCGAAACUAAUACUUUGGAAGCAAAUAAUACUAACAAUAAUGUUGGAAGUACAGGGGAAAAUAAAAAAAAGCGAAAGAGAAGUCGCUGGGAUCAGGCUGGUACUACGACGGUACAAGAAACACCCGCACCCUCAAUUGAUUUAAAAUCAAUUCAAAGUGCAAAUGCAGGAGGUGCUGCAGCAACUUCAGUGAAUCCUACACCCUCACAACAAAGUUAUACCUUUUCAGAUAAAAGGAAAUUUGUUAAAUAUUCGGAUACUUAUAAAUCUGGUAUGGUUCGUAUCGGAUCCAAGUGGGUUUACCCAGAAGAUGAAAUUACAGAUGGUGGUACUUGGGAGCAUAAAAAAAGAGCAGAAGAAAUGAAAAAGACAGCGGAACAAGCGGCUUUGUUAACUUCUCAUGCUGAAGCUAAACGUGCACACCAUAUCGCUGACUUUUUGCCCAAGGAGGAAUUGGAGAAAUUUGAACAAAAAGUUAAAGCAAUCAAAACUGGUGGCACAACUCCAACAUAUGAAGACUAUGCUAGUAACAAGUUGGAUCAGUCAAACAUUGGAUUUAAAAUGUUGAUGAAACAAGGCUGGCAAGCAGGAUCCGGUUUAGGAAAAUCUGGGGAGGGUAUUUCAGCUCCUAUAAAUAAAGCUGAUUCACGACCAGCAAAUGCUGGAUUAGGACAAACUAAGCCUGAAGGGGUAGAUGAAGAGGAUGAUGAAUUUGAGAUUUAUCGCAAGCGAAUGAUGUUAGCAUACAGAUUUAGACCAAAUCCUCUGAACAAUCCUCGUCGACCAUAUUAUUGA